UAGUUAAGUUAAACCUAUUUGAAAUCCACGCUUCGUUGGUUUGCCGUGUUCGAUUACGUUGAUAACAGAAAUAGAUCGCUAUCGUGUUGUAGUUAACACGAUAUUCCAGUCACAUUUGCGAUAUAAACGAGAAACGUGUGUCAGUGGAAAUAUAUUCCACGUUGAAAGUCGCGAGUACACUGUUUUAUUGUAUUAAACAUGAUAUUAUUUUUAUACGCUUCAAUUUUAGCCGCCAGUUUUGCAUUAGUGACUUGCUUCGGCGAAGCUAUUGGUACCGGAAAAUGGAUGGUGCACAACAUUGAGGAUCUUCCUGAUAACGAACAAUACAUGUUCAGACCUAAAUGCCGCAGGAACAAGUUAAAUAGAACCCACGACUGCUUUCGUUGCGAACUGGAUCUAGAAUUUGACAUCGACAACAGUUACGGGCUUUACAUAGAUGUAGAAAAAAAAGUUGACGGCGGUUAUAAGCCGUACAUGAAGAUGGAAUACGAAUGUUAUGUUGUUUACUCAAAGAGAAGAUGAAGGAUAACUUUGAAAAAGCGUUAACGUUGGCCGAAAUCGACCCACCAGACUGUCCCAUACCGAAAGUACCUUCAUGAUAUCAUUUUUUAUUUCAUUGCCUUUGUAGGCAGACGAGCAUACGGUCCACCUUGGUAAGUGGUCACCGUCGCUCAUGGACGUCAGCAAUGCUAGAGACAGAGCCAAGCCGCUGCCUACCAUUAAGUACUCUCCGCAAGCCUCGUUUGAAGAAGGACAUGUCAUAGCGCUCAGAAAAACACGUGGAGGGGAGUUCAUUCCUAAGCCGGAAAGUAUCAUUUUUCAUUAUUCAAAUUCCAUUUCGUAAUUAUUGUAAUUGGUUAUCGAUUUCAAUUGUUCCUUACUCACUACUAGAAGCUCUUAUAGUGUGCUAUAACAUUUAGUCAAUGUUGUGUAAUGUUAAUUUAAGUAAGCACUACUACUCUUUUUAUUGGUUUCUUAUUACAUAUGUGCAUUAUUAAAAACUUUCAUGACUGGCAUCAUUGAUGAUAGAGGGAGAUAUAAAUAAUGCACAACAAACAAAUAACGAACUAUCAACCGGCCCUAAAUUAGGAUACCCUGUUUUAUGAUGGGUACCAGAAACUGACAUACGAUCUUACAUACGUUUAAAUAUAUACAUAUAUAGAUAAUAAACACCCAGAGAAAGAGCAAAUGAACCGAGUUGGUAAGAACAAAUAAACAAAACAAAUAAAUAGAGGAUUAAUUACACACAAUCGUAAAACUAGGAUUCUCUGUACUAUGGGGACCAAAGACUGAUAUAUGUAUAUACUUAGAUAAAUGUGUUUAAAUAAAUGCAUGUACAGACAUUAAACACAAAUACAAAGAGCUAACAAAAAAAAAGGGUGCGUGUACUUAUGUACGCGCGUAAGAAGUUAUACUUUAUUUUUAUUAAAUUUAUUUCAUUAUUUUUUUUAAUAUUAAUCAAUUUGAAAAAAAAUCGAUUAAACAACAUCCUCAAAUACGCAUAUUGGACAUCCCUUUUCUUGACAUCGUAUAAAUUCGGUAAUUCUCGGUACGGUUCGGAAAGUUCACCUGCGGCUAUAUUCAGACUCGCCAAGUUACGUCGGUCGUAUUGCAAUGAGCAAUUUAGUGGGCAACUUCAUUCUGUUAAUUUUGUGUCACGGUGCGCGCGCAUCGUAAAAUUUCACUCUCAUCAAUUUUUCAUAACGCGCCAUAUAACUUCUAUAACUAACUAACUAACUUCAUAUAACUUCAAAAAUUCAUCAAACAAAUGUUUUCCCGAUGUGGAAAUCGAACCCACGACCCUCGCCGCGACAGUCAGGGGCGCUAACUAAUUCGCCACCAAGUCAGUCAAUAGAUAACGCGACUGUUGCUUUUUUAAUAUUAAAAUAUCGUUGUGUCCACAUUGAACAGUUUCUUGGUUGUACUAAUAUCAUCCGUGAUAUAUCGGUACCAGAAACAAAAUAUAAGAUAUAAUAAGAAGAAUAAGAAAGGCCUGAAGUUAAUCAGGGCACCGUUUGUUUUCAGGGUUCGUACAUUAUCAAGGAUUUCGUGUUCGACUAUAGCGAGUUAGAGAAGACGGGCGUGUACGGUAUGUUUUUAGCUAUGACGUACGUCACGAACCGGACGACCGAAAACAGAUUAGGCGGUCUCAAAAUGAACCUGGAAUUCGAUAGAUUCGGCUCUGAUGAUGAUUAAUAAAAUUUUAUAUAGAUGCAUUAUUUUUAUCUUUCGUUGUUGCUUUUGGUGUAUUUUACGUGAAAAUUAAAAUUAUAUGUAAAAAAAUGCUGACCCUUCUUAUUUUUCUCCACCUUAUCCCACUAGGUAGGGUCGGCACAGCAAUAUAUUUCUACCGUUCUCUUCUAUCAGCCGUCAUCUCAACACUCACUCCUCUUUCUCUCAUAUCGUCAUUCACACCCUCCAUCCAUGUCUUCUUCGGUCGACCUCUUCCCCCUCUACCUUGUACUACCAUUUCCAUACAUUUCCUAGUCACAUGCAUUUCCUCUCUACGCACAACAUG